UGAAUUAUGUUGCUUUUCACUCUGUUCCAGGCUGCAUGCAGACAGUACAGCAGAUACAGCAUGGCUUACAGUGCGAGGAUCGGCCCGUCCAUCCUGAGCAGUGACCUGUCCUGCCUGGGCAGUGAGUGUGUGCGGAUGAUGGAGUGUGGGGCGGACUACCUGCACCUCGAUGUCAUGGACGGACAUUUUGUACCUAACAUCACAUUUGGUCAUCCCAUGGUCGAGUGCCUACGAAAGUGUUUGGGGCAAGAGCCUUUCUUUGACAUGCACAUGAUGGUGUCCAGACCGGAGCAAUGGGUCAAGCCAAUGGCAGCAGCAGGAGCAAACCAGUACACAUUCCACUUAGAGGCAACAUCCAACCCCGCAGCCCUCAUCAAGGACAUAAAGGAGAGUGGCAUGAAGGCGGGUUUGGCCAUUAAACCUGGUACAACAGUUGAAGAGCUGGCACCAUGGGCUAACCAGAUAGACAUGGCUCUAGUUAUGACAGUGGAGCCAGGAUUUGGAGGACAGAAGUUUAUGGAAGACAUGAUGCCCAAGGUUAUGUGGUUAAGAAACCAGUUUCCUUCACUGGACAUUGAAGUAGAUGGUGGGGUUGGUCCAGACACCAUUCAUUGUUGUGCGGAGGCUGGGGCAAACAUGAUAGUCUCAGGCAGUGCCGUUAUAGGCAGUGAUGAUCCUCGCUCAGUCAUUGCUCACCUUCGCUCGGUGGUGGCUGAAGCCAUUCAGAAACGCUCUUUGGACCGCUGACCUUUCCCCUAUUUCUGUGGUGUCCAGCACGCGUCAAUGUCCCUCCCAUUACAACAACCACCAGUGGACAAGAUGAAACAGACUUUUGUGUGAGCAGCCCAGGUCAUGGUGACACGUAAGAGCCUUUUGUGGAGGCUGUGAUCAGUCCAUGUCCGGAUCACGGAGUUAAUAAGGCUCUUGAAUACGUUUCAAAUUGACCCUGUUCAUCCUCAAUCCUUAGUCUGAAGUCAGAAUUUCUUCUAGUUGAAAAUAACCAGAUGCUGAUUUCAUAUUAGUUACAUUCCUAAAGCAAAUUGGACUUACAAUGUAAGUUGACUGUAAUAAUACUGUUUA